AAUGUGAAGCAACUCGUCUAUUGAUAGCAAUACUGACAACAAUGGAAAUUUUAAAAUUACUUGUUGUAGUUACUGUCUUCUUAUAUGAAACCUAUUCUGAAGAUACAUUUGCAGUAGACAAAGAACUGGUGAUUUUCCCGAAUGUUACAAAUAUUGAGUUCGAUGUCGGCGGAGGAGCUCGAUAUCAAGUUGUUGUAUGUUACUCAUGUUCCAAUGAAUCACAAGUAGCUUGGUAUGAAGGGAACAACUUGGUGGAAAAUGAUACCAGUAGAAAUUACUAUCAGAUAUAUGAAAUAAGUACAGGAGAACCUUAUCCAGCUUCGUUAGCAGUUUCACACAAUGAAACGAUACAUCCAAAAUACUUGACAUGCAAGGAAAUGAAUAAUAAUAUCUGUGGAAAUGAAAUAACUGUGUUUGUGGUGUCUUCUGACGUCAAGUCCAAUAUUACUCUUAUUUCUCGACCAACUUCAAACUCCACAGAUGUUCUAUGUUAUUCGAAGGAAAGUAUUGACGUGUCGUGGUGGCAUUAUGAUAAAGAUGAAGUGACUUUUGAUUCUAGUUCUUCUAUUUAUCAAAACCAUACGAUGAUCAAUGGAUAUCAGUCGGCUCUACUUGAUGUUAAAUAUGCGACAAAGUCAGAUUCUGGCUGCUUUACUUGUAAAGAAAUAUACAAUGAAGACGAGGGAACAGUUUGUCUUGAAUUUCCCGAUUUUGUGACCAUACAUCUCUUCGUAUAUCCGCCAGAAGAAAAUUUUAUAUUCGACAAAAGUGUUGAGAAUAUUUUAUCUAUAUCAUGCAUACUUAGCGAUAUUAAGUCUCUUCCACUCUACUGGUACAAAGAAGGCGACGUUAUUCCGACGGAUCAAAGUCUGUCAGUUUUUCAAGAUAUUUCAGCGAAAACUACCAUUUUGAACAUACUAAUUGAUGUCGGAUUUUCGGAAGGCGGGGUAUAUGAAUGCAUUGCAGCUAACCAAAAAGUAGACGAAAAGAAAACAAUUGAAAUUGAAAUUAAAGGAGUCUACUCAUUAUAUCUCGACCCAGAUGUAAGCAAGGUUAAUAUAAUAUCCGGCAAAUACCCGGAGCAUGACGUCAUCAUUACGUGCUAUUCCGAAGAUGAUGUAACACUCUCUUGGUACACCAAUGGCAAAUUAAUUGACACCGACUCUGAAAGACCGGUUCAUCAAAGUAUUGGCCCCAAACAAUAUUCACAAUCACUCGUUAUAUCGAAGGCAACUGGCUGGUCGGGGGAAACAACGUUAGCUGGUGGUGAAUAUAUUUGCAAAAGAACUACGCAUGCCAAUACAGAAAAAAUUGUCAUUCUGGAAGUUUUUUCAGGAGAAUCUACAAACUUGGAAAUAGAUGAGAUGUCCAACAGCGCGGCUACAAUAUUCACUUGCUCAGCACCAAAUAUAUCAUCUUCAACGCUAAGGUGGUAUAAAGAUGGCGUACUUAUUACCUCGGAUUCAUCAUCAAAUGUUUUCCAACUACAAUCUGGAACAAUUACUUCUGUAUUGUCUAAUUUGAUUCUGUCACACGAUGAGUCUGUUCCUAAAGGAGAAUAUUCUUGCAUUGUUUCUGGUAUAGGCACUACUAAGAGUGUUACCAAUAGUACUACAGCUGAUUUUAGGAGUAUCAAUUACCAAGGACACUUUGUCAUAAUGCUAUCAGAAAGCGAAAAGUCAAUAAAGAUCGAUCGAGCUCUACCAAUAACAGAAAUAGAAUGCUCUUCGAGUGAUACUGGUCAGCAGAUAGUCUGGUACAAAGACGGUGAUCAAAUCCAAAAAGAUUCCUCGCUCACAAUAUAUCAAACAUACUCGGAUUCCGGAAACAAAUCGAAGUCGGUACUCUCAGUUACAAAAUCUGUAUUGGAUUCGAAGUCCGGGGUGUACGAAUGUGCAGCCAUUGUAGCAGAUGGAAUAAAAACACGCGAAAUAUACAUCCAUAUUGACUUAAAAGAGAAUGAUACUUCACCAGUCGGACUCAUUGUGACCACAACUAUAUUGUUUGUGGUGGUGAUUAUUUUGAUAAUCUUGCUUCGAAAAAAAUGUGGAGAAAAAAACAGGGUCGGCCCGAACAAUGACCAAGCAACAGCGGUUAUUAACCAGACGAAUCCAAGCACAAGUUCAAACAAUAUUGCGCCAACGGUUAAUGAUCAGUGUGAUGUAAGUUACGACAAUCCCAUUGUCACGUCUAUGUCAUCAAUUCCUGGUCAAACUGACGUCGAGGAUGAUGACAAUUCAGAGAAAGAAACAAUAUCUGUCACUGAUGGUCGCCAUGAAUCUACAGAAGCCUAAAUCCAAGUUGAAGGAACGACAACAUGAAGAAGCAAUACGUUCCAGAUUUUCGAUAAUGCUUUUGUAUAUUAGAUUAGCUCAACAGCAAUUAAAGCAACAGCAAGUUAAAUCGAGUAUUCACCGCACAAUCAAAUAUAUCAGUUGCAUAAUGUUACAUUGAAGUAUUCAAUAGCUUUAUUGUGAAGAUUCUACCAUUUUUUUUUAUAUAUUUCUAUUAAUUCAGUAUUACGAUUU